GGUUGGGAAAAAACUGAGCGGUCCAGCAACUCUGGUGGAAAGCCACCGGUUUUUUGGUCAUGGUGCAGUCUCUACGGCUUUUUACCUGAAGGUAGAGGGGGGCAGGACAGGUUCGCACCGCGCUGGUUCUACCUGGUUCGAUGACCUGGCAGGUAAACAGGAUCGAGAGCGGCACUUGCCGGUUGGUCCUCAGUAGAGAAAGUUGUCCCGCGCCUUUCUCCUGCCACCGUCCCGAUCGCGAGAACCUGCACCCGCUUCCUUCCUUGCAGUUUUUGAUGGUCGCCCAGAUCUGAUUUUGAUGGUCAAGACUGCUGCACGUUUCUUCCUUUUUCUUUUCCUCAUUUCUUGGAAUCUUUGUCCUUCAGUCUGAAAGCAAAGAAGGAAAGUGUUCUUGUGGAAAAGAAGCCUGCAUGUCGCCGGUGAGGAUAGCGGAUACCUGUUGCGGAAUUUGGAAACUGUUCCUCAGGUCAAUGACACCGGGUCCUCCGUAACAGUGGAUGCCGAUGCCAAAACAUUAGAACAACCCAUUCAGAAGGGAUUGAACUUGAAACUGCACUCUUAAUUAACAUCUUAUAGUGAUCGCCGUGCGUUUUUGCUUCUUUUUUGACAUUUUUUGUGGAUUAAAUCAUUGAAACCUUUGCAAUAGGAUUGUUUGUUGACAUUGAGCAAAAACUUUCUGACUCAAGGUAAGAUCGUAAUACAGCCCUAAAAGAUUUCCCCGGUGAAUGUUUUGCUUACUAUUUUCUGUAAAAACGGCGAAUUUAAGCUCACGUGAAUAUUAUGAAGUACAACCAAUACCGGUGAAUUCGAGAAAUUUCAGAAGCUCAGCAACGAUUUCUUGACACGUGUUAUCUUUCAAAUUGCUAUGGACUCUUUCAUCAAAGUCGAAGAAUGUGGUCCGGGCGAAGAUUUUGCUUCCUCGGUGACUUCCACGGUGGUCAGCCCCCUGGGUCAUCAGAACCCCCACGAUGACCACAUCACUGACUUGGGCUUCGACCCAACGUCAGCCACGGACUUUGGCAUUGGACUGUUUGACGACAAAAAGAACUAUUUCGAUCCUUUGGCUCCAAUGGCAGAACCAGUAAGCACAUUCCAUCACAACAUCAAAAAGGAAUAUUCUUACGAGCCUGUUGUGACAAAUAUCAGACCAGCAGCAGUUAUUAGCUCUGUUUCUGAUGAUGUUGGCAGUUAUGUAACAUCACCUGUGGUGACUAGUGUAACGUCACCGGACAUGUUGGGCAGAAGUCCCCCUCCGUUUACACAAAACAACAAUGGACCCUCUUAUCCCGGUAUUACCAUUCUCUACGAACAAAAAGGAGUGGAAAGUUCAACAAGUCCGCAACGUAAAUAUAUGCCCCAGAAAGGAUAUUCACCGACAAAAUCUUCAGAUCAAAGCUUCACAGCAGCCGACUCCAACAGCAGCUCUACCACCAAGUCAUUCGUACCUUGCAAAGUAUGUGGGGACAAGGCUUCCGGGUAUCACUAUGGAGUUACCUCUUGCGAAGGAUGCAAGGGCUUCUUUCGGAGAAGCAUCCAGAAGAAGAUUGAGUAUCGCUGCCUGAGGGAUGAGAAGUGUCUGGUAAUCAGGCUUAACAGGAACCGAUGCCAGUUCUGCAGAUUCAAAAAAUGCCUCGAUGUCGGAAUGUCAAGAGACUCGGUACGAUAUGGUCGCGUACCUAAACGCACCCGUGAACGUAUGGAGGAAAGCCGUGUGGCCCAGGCCGAGAGUGACCAGUCUCUGCGGGACAUGGAGAACAAGGAGGUGGCCCUCUAUGAUCUCACGCUGACCGUCUCCCAGGCCCACCACGCCAAUUGCGACUACACGGACCUCAGAACUCGGGGCAUGGUAAAAAAGCCAGCAAUCUUUAGUGCGAACGAUUUCCAGAACGAUGGGGGUCCUGAUAGCGUGGAACACCAGAAGAUCGUAAUGUGGCAACACUUCGCCACUUUUCUGACACCCUCCAUCCAGAGGAUAGUGGAGUUCGCAAAGAAAAUUCCCGGUUUCUCGGACCUGACGCAGGAUGACCAGCUCAGGCUCAUCAAGAACGGAUUCUUUGAGGUCUGGGUCAUGCACUGCGCCAAGCUCACCGGGCAGGGCGAGAACACCAUCACCUUCUCAGAUGGAAACUACAUCACUCGACACCAGAUAGAACUCAUGUUCGAUUACGAAUUUGUGUUGGCACUUUUCAACUUUAUCAACUCGAUCAACAGUUUGAACCUGAACGAUUCUGAAAUAGGAAUCUUCUGCGCGGUGAUACUGCUCACCUCAGAACGCGUGGGUAUCUACGAUCCGAAAGCCAUUGACCGCAUCCAAGAGCGCCUGAUCGAAGCCCUGAAGGUUGCCACUGUAAAGCACCACCCCGGAGAGCCCAAUACCUUCGCCAUGCUCAUGAUGAAAUUGCCCGAACUGAGGUCCCUGGGGGCCAAGCACUCUGAGCACUUGGACUGGUUCCGGGCCAACUGGACCCGACUCGCGGUUCCCGCGCUUUUUGCAGAGAUCUUCGACAUACCACGAUACGGAGAGCCAGAGCAAUAACUCUUCAAAACAGUAUUCUUUUCUUUUUCCUCCUUUGUUACGGAAUGUGCAAGAAUGCUGUUGGACUCAAAAUAGAACAAUUCAUUGCAAUUGAAAAGGGAGGAAAAUAAACUGAGAAAGAAGAAUUCGGAGAAAAAAAAAAAACAUCGAGCCAGCAGAACUGAUUGUACAAAAGACUUGCAAAUUUGGAUUGGAUGGGAAAUUCAAACUUAUUGGAAGUAGUCUCGCAUUUUAAAGCAUGCAUAGAUUCAAAAAGGUACUUUUUGUGUGCUUAAUUUUUUCUCCCUGAUCAGUUGAAGAAUCUCGUCGCAUCGGGACCAUGGUUUUUUUUUGUAUCUAGUAUUUAUUUGAUCAUUGUUAAUCCGUGCUUUUACGAUCCAAUUGAUGGAAUGACUAUUCUGUUGUUACUCUUUUUUGCUAAGGAUUUGCAAAGGACGCAUGGAACAAAAACAUUUAAUGCAUUCAUAAUCGUAGGUUUUUAUAUGCGUUGUAAUCAAUGUUAUUCGUUUUUUUUUUUUUUUAAUUCAUGAAAACCGCUCGGGUACCUUUUUCAUGAGAAAAUACCCGUUGUUAUAUAAUGUACCUGAGAUCAGAUUGAAAGAUUGGAAUUUUCAGUAAAUGGUCGCAAUGUUAAACACCAAUAAAAAAAAAAAACGUAAAUUGAGACCAUUUACUAAAAAUCAGGAUUUUUGUGACAAAAAUUCGUGAUUUCGAAUUUCAAGAAUUGUUAACAUUACACCACUAAUGUUCAAAUGUUAAAAUAUGAACAUAGUUUUUCAUUCAUUAAUAGGCCAUUAAAAGCAAAACUUAAUACGUCUCAUUGUAAAAUCAAGUAUGCACCUUGGUAGUGACUUUAAAACUUGAAACAUAAUAUUAACAUUUGAGAGAGAUGGUGGAUUCUUGUACAAAUCCAAAUGAAGCUGAAUUUCUUAUCAAAUGUGCGCAUAUUAUACCAUAUUUACAGUAAAUAGAGUCUUUUCUGUACUUGAAAUAUCAAUAACAGUGUUAAAUUCUACUUAAUCAUAUGAUAUUUAUAAAAAUAAUCUCAGAUGUUCCGAAACAUCUGGAUGUAAGAAGCACUUAUAUCAUCGAAGGCCGGAUUAUCAAAUAGGCCAACCUAGGGGCCUCGUAAUAUUCUCCCAAGAUUUUAAUACACUUUUGUGCGAUAUUUUCUGACUGCAGUAAUUUCAUCUAAUUUACCAGAGCCAUGCAUUCAAAUUGAAUUAACUGAAUCAAGUAUUAUGAUGAUACUUGAUAGGACAUUUUUCUAAUUAAUCUUUACAAGUUUUGCAUUAUUUUAUUUAAACGCUCUAUAAAAGCCAUGAUAAAUUUUUAAAAAAUUCAGAUUCUAUACUUAUAUGGCAUUUAAUGUGUUUUAAUUAUAUAGCAUUUUAAUGUAGCUCUAAAAAAGUCAUGAUGAAUUUUAAAAAAAUUC